GCAGAAGCGAGUUACGACGCAGCCGGACGUACGGGCGCGCAGCAUUCUGGGAAGUGUAGUCUGGCCCGGAUUCGGACACCCCUUCGGAUGAAUGGGGCCCCGGCUAACGGCUAACUACAGCUCCUCGCCGGCAGCGUUGGUGGCGGCCGCCGGGAAAAGGGAGACAGCGACGGCCCCGGGAGAGCAGCACUCCGAGACGGUGGUGAUGUUCAGUGCCGCGGCGAGGCGGCAGCCGGGUUUCCUGGGGUAGCAGUCUAGGCGGGCGCUUCCUCUGCGCGCUCGCUCUCCUUACCCCGCCCCGGCCAUGCGCCCGGCCUUCGCGGUGGGCCUGGUUUUCGCAGGCUGCUGCAGUAACGUGAUCUUCCUAGAGCUCCUGGUCCGGAAGCAUCCAGGAUGCGGGAACAUCGUGACAUUUGCACAAUUUUUAUUUAUCGCUGUGGAAGGCUUCCUCUUUGAAGCUGACUUGGGAAGGAAGCAUCCAGCUAUCCCAAUAAGGUACUACGCCAUAAUGGUGACCAUGUUCUUCACCGUCAGCGUGGUCAACAACUACGCCCUGAAUCUCAACAUCGCCAUGCCCCUGCACAUGAUAUUUAGAUCUGGUUCUCUAAUUGCCAACAUGAUUCUAGGAAUUAUCAUUUUGAAGAAAAGAUACAGUGUAUUCAGAUAUGCCUCCAUCGCCCUGGUGUCUGUGGGGAUAUUUAUUUGCACUUUCAUGUCAGCAAAGCAGGUGACUUCCCAGUCCAGCUCGAGUGAGAAUGAUGGAUUCCAGGCAUUUGCGUGGUGGUUUCUAGGUAUUGGGGCACUGACUUUCGCUCUUCUGAUGUCAGCAAGGAUGGGUAUUUUCCAAGAGACUCUGUACAAACAAUUUGGGAAACACUCCAAGGAGGCUUUGUUUUAUAAUCAUGCCCUUCCACUUCCUGGUUUCAUCUUCCUGGCUUCUGACAUUUAUGACCAUGCCGUUCUAUUCAAUAAUUCUGAAUUAUAUCAGGUUCCAGUCGUUGGUGUGAUAGUGCCCAUCAUGUGGUUCUACCUCCUCAUGAAUGUCAUCACCCAGUACGUGUGCAUCCGGGGCGUCUUCAUCCUGACCACAGAAUGCGCCUCCCUCACCGUCACCCUCGUCGUGACUCUGCGCAAGUUUGUGAGCCUCAUCUUUUCCAUCUUGUACUUCCAGAACCCUUUCACUCGGUGGCAUUGGCUGGGCACCUUGUUUGUCUUCAUUGGGACCCUAAUGUACACAGAGGUGUGGAACACCCUGGGAGCCACCAAAGGCCAGCCUCAGAAGGAGGCCAAGAAGAGCUGAGGCCUUCCUGGAGUAGAGAGACCCGAGGCUAGUGAGCCAGGGGCUGGCCACCAUCUCACCUUGGUUAAUGCUGAAUCACCCCCCAUGUACCAGAGAAUCCUCAGAGGGACGUGCUUCUCAGAUUUCUCAUGCCUAUACAGACCCACAUUUGUGGACCCUGAAUAGGAGCCCCCAACCCUGAAAUAGGAAAAAAAGACCAGUUCUCCACCAUUGAACAGCCUUUGCAUUUGUUGUUUCUACCAGAAUUUCAGCACCGUACUUGCUUAUUGAAAUCUGAGUCCCCAGAGCUACUAGUUUUACAUCCAUGGUCUUGGACAAGAUUAUCCCUGUCCUGAUGAUUCUCUGCUGUAACAGUCUCUAUCCUCCUGUGGCCUUUCCCCUUGUUCCAUUAACCUGCCACCCACAGCAGCACUUUUCAGGCAGACGCUCCAGGCACCCCCCCAACCAGGAACAACCGAGUGGCCGGGUGAACUGCCGCACCGGGAUGCUGGGGCUGGGCUUUCUCCUGUGUGUUGGGAAAGAAGCAGGUGGCCCUGUGCACCCUGGUGACUCCGGGGCAGGACUGGUGGGAAUCCUUUCCCACAUUUUUCCUUUUCUUGUUUCUAUGCAAAAGUCAUAUGCUUUCACACCUUUUGCUUUCUGUACUUAGAACAAACCUGCAGCAUCUCUGUAUAGCACAGUGUUAAUAAGAAAGAAAGGUUGUGUAGGAAUUGGGAAAGAGAGACUUUUUCUGUCUUCUCUCACUUUUCUGGUUCAUUAGCCUCGAGCUAAGAUGGUGAUGCCAGGAUGGCCCAGGAGAAGCUGGCUCCGGGGGCAGGGGCACCCAGAGAGCACAGACAGGCACUGAGGGUGGGCUCCACGUGGGGGAGCUCUGCCUGGCAACUCUGAUAGUUAUGACCAGCCAGGCUAAUGAGUGAACCAGUAUAUUCAAUGGGUGUGGGUGUGGUGUAUCAGUCAGGCCAAAUCACAACUAAAAUGGAAAUUUUUUUUGGGGGGGAGGAUGUCAUCUUAAUGUUCUUGAUGGGUAUGGGAGUGUGUGUGUUUUAUCAUAUGUAUUAAUAGAAACAUGCCCCCCUUUUGCUAAUCAUUUCAAAGGUCUGGUUUUCCUCCCACGGGGUAACUUUGAGAAAGAACGGUGUCAGGAUGGUACAUGUAGGUGUGUGCGCGCUCCCGUGUGGGUUGUGAUCACUUGAGAGAAGAGGAGAGCACGAAAGUCAGUGUUUUUAUUUCCUUGUCCUUCACUCAGUUCGGACCUUCAUUGUCUCACGCAGGUUCGUGCUCUGGAGGCCGUCAGACUUACCAGCCCAUCUUUUUGCACACAGACAGAGGCCUCUCCUUCUGCGCUGGGUUCAGGUUGUGUUCUUAUAUCGAGAUUUGGCUCUCAGGGUCUCUUGAGCUCACCCAGGGUGUGGUGUGUUUAUUCUACUAUCUGGAGCUAUUCUCUGAUGGGUCUGCAAUAAGUGUCCUAGAACCACCAGGUUGCUUUGGGGAAGUCCCUUAGGCUGCUCGGGUUUUUUGUUACAUAAAAUGUGGAUGCUGUUUCUCCACCUAAGUCACAGGGUUUUCAGAUCAAUUUGUGGUUCUGGACAUUGACAGCUGUUCAGUGCCAGUGAAGGUCUAUACUAAAAGAUGCGGAAUUAGGUGUGAACUUGUUCAUGGACUCAAAAGGUACUGUUAGCGUUCCUCAGACUGAUGGUGCUAUAAAUACCAUGUGUUAAAUAUCCUCUUAAAAACAAGAACAACAAAAGCUGCUUUUCUUCUUGUUUAAUAGAAGAACCUGUCCCCAGGGGCUCUUUGAUUGCAGCAUAUCUGGAGUCUUGACAGGAUAGAGCCUUACAUGACGUAGCAUCACUUUUUUUAUGUUGAUGGGAAAUAUUACAAUUUUUAGUUACUGAAACAGUGUUGAUGUACACAGACAGCAUUCAACUGGGUCCACGAGGUUUUAGAUUCUGGCCUUAGAGUGUGUGUGUUCCUCAGUCUGAACACCUCUGCUGGUCUUAUUAACAGGAGGAUAUGUAUGGACAGAUUAAGGCACUCAUACAGUGAAAUAACCGCAUGUAAGAACAGAAUGUCUGAAAUGCCCUGGGAAUUGGUUUUUUUCCUCUAGUAUUUGGUUAUUAGGAAAUAAAUCUAACAGACACUAGUUAAUACUUCUUUAAACAAUUUAUUCCCCUUGGUUAACUUAUUUUUCAAUCCAAGUUGGAACUGAUUUCAAUCCCUGUUAAAAGAGCAAAUAAACCAUUUUGUAGAGGGUCAGACUCAUCCCUAAUUGGAGGAGAAAUGUCUAUUAAAUGCCUUUCAUCUUUCUCUGGGUCAAGACCAUGUAAUUUUGUGCCCCAGAGAUAGAGGGUUUAGUUUGUUUACUAGAGAGAUUGGUGUUUAAGGCAUCCAAGACUCUACCCUUAGAACAAAGAUCAAAUAGCAAAUGACUAGCCAGAAUAUUGUGUGUGUGUGUGUGUGUGUGUGUGUACACCUGUGUACUCACUUCACAGCUUGACCAGAGUCGUGAGGUACCAGGAGAAUAUGGGGGACACUUGAUUAUUUUAUUUAAUGUGUACAGAACCGUUAACCACAGUUCUAUUGUCAUAUUAUAAAUGCUUUUUCAUUUUUUAUUAGGAAUUUAUUUUUGAUCUUUUCUUUUUCAUCCAACUAAAACCGUUAAUGCAUUUGAAAAGUUUCUAUCUAGUUCUAAAGUAUUUAGACACAAUCCAAAUCGUUUUUUCCUUCUUCAUGCCCAGUUAUCCAAAAUGAAUACGGUACUUUGAUUAGGUCAUUGUGUCGAGUGAAGAAAAACCACGAAAGCUGAGCUGAUCUGAUCCACCCCUACCAAACCCCUUCCAUUCUUCUGGGAAGGUCACCUGAUCAUUUUGAAGGAUUCUAGUAUCUCGCACUCAUUUCCUGAGCACGUUUCCUCCCUUCUGCAUGUUCUUUUCACUUCUGAUCCCCACUUCCAGUUUCUUCAGCAACCUCUGGUCACUCACGUAGUUUUCUACUAAUCUUGUAUCUGUUUAUGCCUCUAUUCUUUGGGGCCUCUGGGUGUUUCUCUGUGGAUUUUUACAGGGUAUACGUAUCUGUGUAGCAUGUAUCUUGUUAUGCAUUGAUAUUAGGGGGGUGUGUCCAUAAGGAUGCGAAUAUCUGGCAGAGUAUGUGAAGAUGAAUAUGAAUGGGAUUUAAUGUAAUAAUGUAAUGUGAAAAUAUUUAUAUGUUCUGUUGUAGCUCAAAGUGGGGCUGAGAAUCCUUACCACGUUCCUGUCUAUAUUUGGAAAGCAGUAGUAUCUGUAUUUUGCUCAUUUUUACCCUGCCUCUAGCUGACUUCACUCUCAGUGCCAAAUGCCUGUGGUGAGAGGAGGUGGAAAGCAUUAGGUCAGGAGUAAUUGUAAACCAGUGAAUUAGCUCUGGGCUGGUGGACAUGCUCAUUGAUGGACGGCUGGCAUAUGAGACUGUGCAACAAAGACCUGAGCAUCUCCACGGAUGCACACUGAGAGGCACCCCAACGUAGAGAUCUGAAAUCAAGAUCCUACAAUUUGUUGUAGUUUGUUUCUCUUUGCCUAGGAGUAAAUAGAAUUAUGAGCAUUUUGGUCUCAAUAGCUUUAUUCUGAAAAAUGUGCAUGGAAUUUACCUGUGGCAGUUCAGUCUUGGGUUGAAAGAACUGUCAAUAUAGAUAAAAUCCAUUUUUAUUACAGAUGCGUGACCUUUGAAAACGAGUAUAAACAGUGUCAGUAAAAUAACUAGUCAUAAGCAUUGGAAUAUGUUCAGUGUGUACCAGGCUGGGGUGGGAGACUCUGUAGUGUGUGCUCUCUCUUUCUAGCAGCUUCCUCACAGUGGACCUUGCAGAGAAGGGAGGGACCAGGCUCUGACUUUUGUCCCAUGAAUAAAUAAACCCUUACCAAGAUCUCUUAUUCCCUCAAGUUUCGGAGAAACCUUCUAAUGGUUCCUGAUACCCAUUCCCACUCUUCAUCAGUUGAUUAGCAAGAAAACGAAUAAGACGAAACAUUCCUAAGAUUCUAAGCCAGAGAGGGAAGGAAGGAUACACGCCAGGAGUUGUGGGUACUCGGCUUUUUGUCCUCCGGUUGCCUGGUGGGAGGAGGGCAGAGCAUUACAAACUUAGCACCUUCCAUCUAUUUGACGCUCAGUGCCAGGAGCUGCCCUCAGGGGACCAUUAAAGAUGCUUGAAAGUUUUUGGAGUAGGCUGCCUGGGGUGACCCUUACAUCUCCAAAGCUGGUAGAGUUGGUUUGCAUCAGCUGAUGCCUAGAGCUCAUUGUCUUUUUGUCUCCUCAGUAUCAUACUGAGACAUUCCUCUGAGCUUUACCUACUUAAAUCACUAAGAUCCUGCAAAAUGUCCUCAAUUUCAAUCAAGUAAGGCAAGCUGUGCGGGUACCAGAGGUAAGUGAGGGGAAAAGCUUCGUCUACAUUUAGAAGAAAUAAGACCCAUAUUUUUUAAGGGAAAAGUUGUAAUAAUUCUUUGGCACAUUGGAUUAUUUAUAGUUUUUAAGAUGUAAAGAAGACUCCCGUGAACCGAGAGAAGCAGUAGUUAUUCCCCAACGUGAUAAAAAUGUCUUUGUGUAUCACUUGCAAUCACAAAUCAUUUCUGUGUGAGUUGCUUUCAUUCCAGAGAAUGGCAUCAUCCUCCAAAGAAAAAGGGGAUGAUUUUUAAGUAGGAUUUCUUAACAGAUUAUGUGUUGUGGGGCUGGGGAGGGAUGAUGGGGAUUUGAUUUAUCCAGCCUCCGAGCUCUUCAUUCAUAUUGUGAUUUAAGAACAGAGAUGGGGGAGGAGGGGACUAGACAGCAGCAGAAUAUGUAGAACAGCUAAGGCAUUAGUGAGUAUUCAGAUUUUGAGCUGUGUAAAUAUCAGAUGUCGGCUUCCAGCCUUACGAGUUAUUUGAGCUGAGAGUUAAGGAGGAAAGGGACAUUUUGUGAAUAAAAUGUUUUGCCAAACAAAUUGAAUGAGUCUUUUUACUAUGAUUUCUUAUAAAGAGCUAUUUUCUACCUUCAGAAACAACUCAUCAGACACCUGGUUUUUUAUCUGGAAUUG